GAGCCAUCCAACAAGAAAUCCAAGGUCCAUCUCAUUUCGUCUCCCCUGAACUCAAUCGAAACAGAAUCUCCGCUUUCCGCCAUGGAAGCUGCUACUGCUCCAGCGACGAAAGCCGCCAACUUUCCUGCAUUUCGUUUCACUGUCACUUCUCCACGAACGAUUCCACGACCAAAAUCGGCUUUUCUCUCCCUCAAAAGCCCUACCGAUCGGAACAAACGCUCUUCUCUUCUCUCGCUCGCGAGAUGCUUCGCUAAACCCAUCACAGAAAAUGGAGAAUCAGAUCAAAAUUCGACCUUCGUAUCAAAACCAGAGUGCCCAUCAUCACUUUCGUCUCCAGCUCCGACCUCAUCUUCUCCGACAGGUUUGGUUCUGGGUCUGGCCCUCUCUGCGGAUUCUUGGGACAGCGACGAGAUAGGGUCACCUGUCGUGAAGAGAUUUCUAAGUGACGAUGAAGAGAGAUGGUACAUGUGGUACCGCGGGAGUUCCAAGCUCAAUCCAGCUUCCGAUUGUGUCGGAUUAGCAGUUUCGAGCAAUGGGAUUCACUGGGAGAGAGGGGAAGGGAGGGUUGAGUCGAUCGGCGAUGUGGGCUUGGUCAUGAGCUGUUGCAAAGAUUGGUGGGUGUUUGAUACGGAAAACGUUCGACCAGGUGAAGUUGUAAUAAUGUCGAGUACCAAAGUCAGAGCUAACAGCUCUGUUUAUUGGAUGUAUUACACUGGUUACUCGUCUGAGAAAGUGGAGUUUCAUCUUCAGGGUCUUCCUUUUGGGUUGAAAAAUCCAGAAAGAUUCGGUCUUUGUAAUGGCGAGGGAGGAAAAGUUGAGGUUUUUAGGUCACUUCCUGGAUUAGCAAUAAGCCAAGAUGGUCGGAAUUGGGCUAGAAUCGAAGGCGAGCAUCACAGUGGGGCAUUGUUUGAUGUUGGGUCCGAACAAGAUUGGGACUUUCUAUUCAUUGCCUCCCCACACGUGGUUUUCCACGGAGAUGGUGACCUAAGAAUGUAUUACCAUUCAUUCGACGCGAAAAUAGGCGAGUUCUGCAUAGGCAUUGCGAGAUCUAGAGACGGAAUCAAAUGGGUGAAACUGGGAAAGAUCAUCGGAGGAAGAGGAAGAAAAGACGAAAAGGAUGGGUCUUUUUGGUUCGACGAACUCGGGGGGAUAAAUCCUUGUGUAUCAAGAAACAAGAGAGAUGGGAGCUAUGUGAUGGUGUACGAAGGAGUCGAUCGAGAUGGGAAGAGGAGUAUCGGUUUAGCGGUUUCAGAAGAUGGACUGAAGGACUGGAAAGGGGUACAGGAUAAGGCAGUGCUCGAGGCGGCUGAAGGCAGUGCAUGGGACAACGAGGGAGUCGGGUCACCUUGUCUGGUUCAGAUGGAAGGAGAUUCAGAUCAUCGAUGGAGAUUGUAUUACAGAGGUAUUGGUAAUGGAGGAAAAACCGGGAUCGGUAUGGCAAUCUCUGAAGGGAGUGACAUCAGUAGGUUCAGAAGACAGACAGGAGGAAUUCACUUGUGAGACACAAAGAACAGAAGUCCUUUGCUUUGAUGAUACUGUUGAACUUUGGUAUGUUCUGUAAACCGGUCUGUUGAGAAUGUGUUGGUUUAGCUUAACCAAAGCUCUUGAAUGUA